CUAAACACACGAAACACACUAACACUACGGUGCGACGGUGCAGGUAGGCAGGCCGGACAUUAGUGUCAAAAGUAGCAGCAAUCAAGCUGAGCCGCCGCGCCCGCUGAUGAGAGUGGAAGAAGUGCGUGUCUCUUCCUGAUCUCGGCUGCACCGCCAUGGAUUCUGCAGCCAUCCUAAAUCCAAUCGAGGAGGUGAAGAAACUGCAGGAAAUGGUGCGAAACCUGGAGCGCCAGAACGAGGAGCUGCGCAAAGGCGGCCAGGUCAGUGGCCUGAAGCAGGCGGCCAAGGAAGGUGGCCACACUGCGUCCACCGAGUCGCUGAUCGACCUCGCCGAUGACCAACAACAGCUCUCCGAACAAACUUGGCUACACCGCAGCUCCAAAUUCGAUGGCACGGAGGCUGACCUCGACCUGUGGCUACUGAGGUUUCGGAGCCAGCUCGAUUUGGACUUCCAGCAACAGGAGCUGGCGGCCGUCGAUGAAAUCGCUUCAAAGCCGCUGGCAGAUCAACGCCAAUUGAACACUCGUACCUUCACGCGGCCGAAAAAGCGGCUCAUGCCCCUCUUGGGGGCCAAGUCGAUGAACAGUGAUCUCGCUCACAGCAGAAAUUGCUCGCAGGAAAACCUGUUGACCGAGGCGUCUUCUCAAGUUAGACAGUCGAGGGAGAGCAGCCUGCCCAGGUACAAUCUGGACUCGACCUUCCAGGUGCAUCGAUCCGAGGGGCGUAGCACCCCGGACAGACUGUCCAACGGGAGACUCACUCCUUCAGGACUGCCGAGGAGCCGGCUUGAGAGCCCCUUGAACAGAACCUUCAAUAUAGAUCACUCCCAUGACCAUCUCGACGAAGACCAAAACAGUAGUGCCUCGGACUCGAGCUUCUCAAGCAGCCACCGAGCUGCACUCACCGCAGGAGAGGUGAAAACACUCGCUAGGAUGCAAGAAGAAAGUCUGAAGUGUGUCUCCACCCCGGCGUGGAACACGUUCGAGAGCCGAGUGUUGUCUCCUGAGUUGCCUUCGCCCAUCACGAGGAGCACCGAAGACUUCCAUUCAGACCACAGUUCGAGGAGUUCAGCAGUGGGCGACUCGCUGCAUUCCAGCCCCUCGGGCAGUCCGUACGGCUCUAAUCAAACGCUGACCAAGGUGGCAGAUGGGAUGCUUAUUGGAAGUAACGAAACCCUCGACAGACCGCCUAGGCUCCUUAAGCAUCGGGUGGAGCAGGUAAGCGGGCUGGCCAGACCGGUGCUCAGCGCAAGAUCUCGGGGGUCGUCCCUCAUCAAGCCGCAGUGCCUGGUGCGUCCCGUGGUCAAAUCAGGCGAGAGCGCUAUUCCCCGGCCCCAAGGAGUAUCAAGAAUUUCCAGAAUCCCGGCUCCUAAAACGAGGAUUGCAGCAAAAAGUCAAGAUUGGAUGGACGGCUGUUACUAGUGGGCGGGCAAUAAUCGCGUACAACUUGAAAUCACCUGGAAGACUGGAGACCACAAGCUGCGUGGGUCUGCAAGAAAUGCCGAAUUUAUGAUUGUCCACGUGUUUUUAUAGAUGAGACGACUUACAAUUUUAAAACCCAAAGGUGCCAAAAAUCAGGUUGGAUCAGUUGAAGUUGACCAGCGUGGUGCUAUUUGAAUGUUCGUAAACCAAACAAAUUAGCUUUUGUAACAACGGUUCUAAAUUUUGGCACGCAAUUUUUUGACGCAAACUGAACCAGCAGCAGUGUGUUACGCUCACUUAGGGCACUCCUAUUUUCAAUUGGCGCAUCGUUGACUGUUUUGUACUCUGAAACCUAAUUACAAUCGACACAGUUCCUGUGCUUAUUCUUUUAAAUGAAUGAAUUUCGCUCUGCUGAGUGCCUGUUUCUGUAUUUUAAUUUUUUUUCAAUGCUUCGGUGAGAUUGUAAAUAAUAUGCGAGAAAUGAGAGAUCAGCCUUAAUAUUUUUAAUACACCUGAUUACGAAACGUGGAAUGCUCACAUCUUGGGAGAAAAUAAAUAAAAUGUUAUGAAAACUCGUAUUUUUCUAAGAAGAUGAAAAGCACACUAAUUGCACUCAUCCAACCAACGCAAGAUUAAUCGUGUGCUAAAGUGAUCAUGCCAACUGUUUGCAGCAGAUUUUGGAAUUAUCUAAUUUAUUGAAAUGUAUCAUUAACUUAAUUUACCAAAAUUAAAAAAGUAAUUGACAUUUAA